AUGAUUGUCUGUUCGUUAACAGCACGAAAGUAUACUGACAUUGUAGAUGCAAUCACAACUGAGAAUCGAUUCAUCAACACUUUGGAAGAGUUAUAUACGUUUUUCGAGCUUCUUUCUCAGAUUGUUAUUUUUUGUGAAGUGUUUUCAAGGAUGUCUACAGAAGAUGAAUCUAUCAAGGAAGUUCGGCCUUUACGUAAAAUUGGUUUAAAGGAAAAACUUCAAGCUGAUCCCGGAUUUCCACUUACAGUUGUGUCAACAGCAGUUAACUUUACCCUGUCAAGUGUGUUCUUUUAUGGUGUUACAGGAAAUCCACGUACUAGCAUACUUGCUGGUUUGAUAUCAAUUCCAUUUUGUAUUAUAACAAAUAUCCUGGAUACAGAAAAGGAUUAUAAAAUAUGGAAAGAAGCGGAAGGAAUCAGAGCACGUGGUUUGCCGGAAAUAUUAAUUUCCAGGAGGCCGAAAUAUGAUUGGGAUUAUUAUGAACCCUUACGGAAAGAAAUCGAACGAUUUUAUAAUUAUGAUACGGAAAACAAACAGGAAGCUAGCUAG